UGGACAUGUGCCGGCUCGCGCUAUAUAAGCGGCCGACGAUUGACAACAGAGUCAUCACGCACUACCGCCCGUCCGCUACGUCUCGAGGCUCUGUCUCUAUCUCUGUCGUAGCUCGAGUUCGCGAUGGCUACUGCUACUUCUGCUGCUGCAGCUGCCGCUGCUGAUGCUGCCGCUGUGCCCAUCAAGCAACGCCGCGCCGGUCAAGCGACGUCCAGCGAAGGAGGCCGGCGUCCAAGCCUCUGCAAACUGUGGAGACCUUGGGAAGAGUGCUCAUUCGGAGAUUCUCAAGGAAGGACAAACGCAACUACUCCAGAGACAUUAAGACAGCAUUUACGGCGAGUCCAGAAACCCGCCAGCAAGCUGUCAUUCAAACACCCAGUCAAGCUGUACUGGUCCCGGUCGCGCGUCUUUGACCACUUGUACGCCGACGGGGAGCGCCUCCUCGAGGGCUUCCCCGUGCAGGCCACCAUCGCCCUGUGCGACUCGGACAGCGAGGAGAGCGACUCGGAGGACAGCGAGGACGAGCGAGAGCACGUGGAGGAGUGACUUCCCUCAAUGUCGCUCGACGUCGCUCGACGUCACUCAACGUCACUCGAUGUCGCUCGGCAUCAAUCGACGUCACUCGACAUCGCUCCACGUCGCUCAACGUCACUCAACGUCGCUCCACGUCACUCGGCGUCGCUCGACGUCGUUGAACAUGGCUCGACGUCGCUCCUCAACGCCCCUCAAGGUCGCCCGACGUCGCUCGACGCCCAGCGCAGUUGGCUACAUCCGGUGCGAAAGAAGUUUCAACGCGCACGCCGCGCUUACACUCGUCCCCGCGUUCACGGAGAUGAUGGGGGAGGCUACGCCGCUGCCCGUGAUCCAGCAGCUGUGCAGGCAGCAGCCAGGGUUGGUGGAUCGCCACGCAGAUGGGGUGCGAAACUCCCUUCCUUACCCGUGGGUGGGCCUCGAGGAGUAGGCCGAAUCCUGGCUCGACAGGAGAACGCGGCACAGCGGAGUGUGUGGACUCAUCUCCGUCUGUUUCGUCUGUACGGGAUAGAGCGUUUCCCCCCCUCCCCACUCUGGCACGCGUGGGUUUUUGUUCCGCGUGCUCCGGUUUCAUUCCCGCACGUGUCAACACUUGGCGGGGAAACGUGCGUCACCUGGGUCACCUGGGUCACGUGCGUAACGUCUGUCACCUACGUCACGUGCGCAACGUCAUGUCACCAUGCGUCACGUGCGUCACGUGCCUUACGUGCGUCACGUGCCUUACGUGCGUCGCGCGCGUCACGUGACGGGAGCUCGCGUCGCUAUUCUGAAUGCGUGUUCAUAGUUCCGGUGCGGUCUUGUUGUCGUGCUUGUUGUUGUUGCUAUUUAUUGUCUCGCACUUUGUACAUCAACCCUCUGACAUAUGUAAAAAAAAACAAAUAUUUAAAUACGUGUAUACGUUUUAUAAGCGUGAUGUAAUAAAUACGAGUUGUGAGUGAGA